AUAAAACUAAGCAUCAGCUGUUAUCUAAACACACGAAUAUCAAACUGCGGAGUGCUAGAUUUCGUUGUGGUGCUUAUGUUUGUGCCAUAGCUUAAAUCUACAAACAAUAUCAUGGCAUAAUAGAAUUUGUUUCCAGCUCUAGGGCUUAAAGAUAAUAAAGGAUGGAUUAUGAAUAUUCUGCAUUUAGAAGGGAGACAGAUGUACACAAUAGAUGUUGUGGAGGAUGGGUGUGGUGUAUUAAGGAUAUCUGUGGUGUUAUUUGUGCAAUUCUGACAUGGCUCCUCAUUCUCUAUGCAGAGUUUGUUGUGAUGAUGGUGAUGCUUCUACCAAGCCCUUACCCAGUGUACAGUACAAUAAAUAUUUUAAUAUUUCAGACAUUUGCAUUCUUGGCAUUUGCAUCACAUUUAAGAGCAAUGUUCACAGACCCAGGUGCAGUACCAAAAGGAAAUGCAACCAAAGAGAUGAUUCAACAGAUGGGUUUUCGAGAAGGUCAAGUGAUAUUUAAGUGUCCAAAAUGUUGCAGUAUUAAGCCUGAACGUGCUCAUCAUUGCUCAGUAUGUCAGCGAUGCAUUCGCAAAAUGGAUCAUCAUUGUCCAUGGGUGAACAACUGUGUUGGUGAGAACAAUCAGAAGUAUUUCGUACUGUUUACUUUCUACAUUGCAAUGAUCUCAGUUCAUGCACUGUUCCUGUCAUUUAACCAGUUCAUCAUGUGUGUACGUCAUGAAUGGAAGGAAUGCUCGUCAUAUUCUCCACCAGCAACUGUGGUCUUGUUAUUAUUCCUAGUGUUAGAGGCUCUCCUUUUUGCUAUUUUUACAUCUGUGAUGCUUGGAACACAGCUUCAGGCUAUAUGGAAUGACGAAACGGGAAUUGAACAGCUGAAAAAAGAAGAGGCACGUUGGGUGAAGAAGUCUCGAUGGAAGAGUAUUCAGGCAGUAUUUGGACGCUUUUCACUUGCAUGGUUUUCACCAUUCACACGCCCACCACCUAAAACCAAACUUGAGAGUUACCUGUACUCAGUGUGAGGUAACUAUAUUUUAUUCUUUCUUUUCUUUUUAGUGGGAUAUAUCUUAAGGACUGAUUUUUGGUGAUUAUGUAUAGAUUCUUGAUUUUGCUCUUGUGGAGUGAGUGGGUGGUGUUGCUACUAAUAACCAACCCAGCAACUUCUCUUGCCUAAAAAAAUUGUCAUUUUCUGUGAUUAUAAGUUGAAUCUUGUUAAUGUGAGACUAAUUAUGAUUUUAAUUGGUUUAUUUGAUCAUUGCUGAUGUUGCUAACUAAACCCAAUAGUUGAAUAUGGUCCAAAAUGUAUGAAACACACAUUUCUCAGCUUAUUAUGUGAAGCUUGGUACUUGAUGGAUAUUCAUUACAUUCCAGUUGGUGCUGCAACAAUGUCAUAAGACUUGCUUCUUGUGUACUACUGUAAUAUUACAGUCUAUUGUUAAUCUGAGUAUAAUGAACUUAAACCUUGAGGUGAUGUCUUCUAUCUUCAUUUGAGUCAUUAGCAGGUUUUGAUGAUCACAAAUAGAAAUGCUUAAGCAAAGUAUUACGUAAAGUCAAGUUUUCAGCUAUGUUCAAGUUAGAAAUAAAAUAUAAGUGACUUGGUACUGUAAGCAGUGUAUUUGUUUAAAGUAACAUGAAGUUCUUGUUACGUUAAACUUUUUUCUUCAGUUAACAAUCACAUAAUGGAAUGUAAUUGUGCCUUAUAAAAAUUUCUGGCUUAUGAAAGAUAUUAACAUUGUUAGCUCUAAUAUUCUGAAGGAAAAUUUACAACUGUUGGUAGAUUAUGUAAUAAUGUAAACGAGAGUGGCUGCAGCAUAUAUAAACAUUCUCUACACUCUUGUAACAUUUAUCAUACAUCUUAGAAGACUUCAUAAAAAUAUGCAUGUAAACUUACAUGAAUAUCUUAUUAAAAGCCCAUAACUUUUUAUUUAAUUUCUUUUUGUGUACAUUGUAUGAAAUGGCAACUAUAUUUUAGUGGUUUUAAUGAACUGAUAUGAAUGGAAAUGAAAUGUAGGCCCACUUGACUUCAGCAGAGAUCUCCUCUACCAAAUGUAAUGCAAAUUAUUGAAAUGAAUUUGGAAUUGAAAUGUAUGGACAGAUGUGACUUGACGUGAUUGUUGUUUUAUAUAUUGCAUGUGGAAAGUUAUUAGUGAAUAGGCAUUUAGGUCCAGUAGACACAGAUAUUGAAUACUAAACCCCCUAGUCACUUUCUUCUGCCCGACAAGGAUGCAAAUAUGUUUCACAUUGGAUUUUGCACUAGUAUUUCUGGUCUACAUUCAUUCAGCUGUUUGGCAGCCAACUCUUUGAAUCCAGUGUUGUUAUGAAUGAUUCUUUACGUAGAUCCAUUAUAUAUUCAUGUCUAAUCAGAAUAUAGUCCCCAGCAUGGCAAAUAUUAACAUCAUUGACAGCAAUGUACUAUGUGCCAGUUCUGGCAUCAGGAAUGGACUUCCAGUCUUUUCAGAUAUGUCAGCCCUUCAGAUUUUCAGAUUGCUAGCAGUGAAUUUUAACACUGGAAAUUUCUUCAGCAGCAAGCAAAACUAUAAACCUGCUGUUCAUUUGCCUGCCCCAUUGUUGUCUUGAAUAAGAAUACAAAUAAUUGACUUCUGAUAUUCCUAAUUCUGUCACUAGAUAUCAUGCACGCAGAACAGAAUGUAUUAGGAUCUCAUUAUUUCAUUCAAACCACAAUUCAGUCCUGGAUUUUAUUGUAUGCUCCUUGUAGUCCAUAUGACACAAUCUUUAAUGAAAUGCAUUGAGUGAAGUGUCACUGGAGAAGAUACAACUGUUCACUUUUAGGGUAUGUAUGUAUUUUUUUACUGUUUGGAUCAGAGGAUGUUACUAGUUAUGUACAUUUGAACCAUUUAUGCAUUUUGUGUUUCUUGUCAUUAUAUUCAGUCAUUUGUGACAGAUGACUUGUUAGCUGCCAUAGAUAGCUCUCUUUAAGACACGGUAAGGUAGUCAGUUAUAGCAACUGAUGCUAUAAGGUCAGUGCAGUAUGACUGGAAAUUUUGAGCAGUGAGUGUAAUUCGGACUUCAGCUAAACACAUUUGUGCAUAUUUUGCAGUUGUUCUGCUAUCACUGUAAGAGUAGCAUUAGGUUUUUUUACACAUCUUAUGAACAAUAGGUCCUACUUUUAUUGAUCACAAAGCCAUCAAGUCUCAUAUUUAAAAAACAUCUGCAUUUUGAGCUGUAAAAUAAGCUUCUAAUUUCUAAGUACUAUGUUUAGAGUAUUUUAAAUUUAUUGAAUGGGUGUUUCAUUUAUAACUCAAUAUAAGUUAUAAAGUUAAGUUUGUGCCUACUUCCUAACUAAAUGGACAAGCAUUAUUGAUUGCUGAUUACAUUUUAUUGUGCUUUAGAAACCUACAAUCAUGUGAGCUAGCAUUAUUUUUCAUAUGUUAAUAUGAAGAAUAAAGCUGAACAUGCCAUUAUUUCAUAGCAGUGGUGACUGUUACAAAAUUGUGAAUUUUAUGCAAAAUGUUUUAUAUAUUUCUAAAUUGGCUUUUAUUAAAUAUCUGAUGGCCUACAGGCAAAAUAUUGAGCUGGUGCAGUACUAGAGAUAUGCCAUAUGCAGUGCAAAUUUUUUGGUGUUUUAUCUGUUACCAUUUACAAAGUGAGACUCUUGUCAAUGUGCAGAAUACCAGGCCUCCACUAUGGUUCUGUGACUCUGAGUCUACAUUAAGCUAAAUGUCUCUGCAGGAUAUCACAGUAUUACUGGGAGCAAACAUAAUCUUGCCGUAUGGUCACUUCCAGCUGUUGUCAGGGAGACGGAGGCUAAGAACGUAAAAAAGACUGAAAUAAGACACAUUAAAAGAAAACCAGGCUUUCAAGCUGUUAUAUGUUGUUGUUCAUCAGUGAGAAUUGGAGUUCUUAAGGUAAUGAAGUUGGCAAUUUUAGUAUUCUGGGUUGAGGUGCCUUCACAACUCAGAAAACUGCAAUUUACAUUGUUUGUCAUUGAUAUUAUAACUUACAUUACAGCCUUCUGGAGGUCUGUCAUGAAAGAAACAUCUACUUUAAUCCACAUGUCAUGUUUAAUUCUGUGUGGAAUUAACACCCUAGCAGCUUUUAAAAUAAAAGCCUGAAACAAGGAAAUGUUGCAUUACAGCUUUCCAUGCAUUGCUGUGGCAUACCACUAAACUUUUAGUCCUAGAGUUGAAGUCUGCCCAGCAGCCUUGUAAUAUGUGGUUUAAAAUCAGUUUUCCCAUGAAGGUUAAUGAAAACUAUUCAACUGUUUUAUGUACGUAUGAGUGUAGGUUAUUUUAAAUUCACAUACUGGUGCCAGUUUUGGUUUGAUUUAUAAAUGUUUAUGUGUUAUGUUAGUGAUAUGUGGAUUUUAUCAGAACUGUGAUAACAUUAGCACUGCUGUUUUAAAAUCAAAUUAAAUGGAAAGUAGGACUCUGUAUGCCUCUCUAAAUCCAUGUAGCUUUUCAAUGGAUGAUGAAAGUUAAAAUAAUUGUUUAUGUGUAGAUGCUUUUGAUUAGUGGAAAACAGUAAUUGAUUUUGUGAUGCAUGGUGUAUAUGUGAGGUGGAAAUGGGAAUGAAUUUAUUCUUUUUGGUGUGAUAAAUUGAAUCAAAUGUUGAUUACCUCAGUGGGAUCUAUUUUUGGCCAAACAAUUUUUAAGGCACACUUGGAAGUGAUAAUAAAUGCAUACAAUAUUUCAGUUGGAAAACAUCCCCCAUGUUUUCAGAAAUAAAUUAAAUAUGUGUGGACCUCAAGGAAAGCUUUGAAAUUACAUAAUACAUAGUUAUGGCUGGUAUUUAACAUUGUUGUUCUUCUUUAGUAGCUUGUUCUAAGUGAUACUUUGUGUCUGUAAACUAUGUGUUUUUGUUUUAAAUAUUUACUGAGCUGUGGAAGGGAUAGGAAGGUAAUGUAGGGAAGAAGGGAAGGCAGUAAAGAUACAAGAGGCUCAAAGGAAAACAAGAAAAAGGAUGGUAGCUGAUUUUACAGAAAAAAUCACUCCUUUUUGAAUUGCAAUGAGUUUUUUAUGCUAGUAUUUAUAUAAUUUUCAGUGUUUACAUUGAUAAUUGUUAUAGUAGAGGAAAAGGACUUGAUGGAUAAGAAGUUGCAUUUUAAGCCAUAUCUCAUAAAGUUUAUGUAAACUAAAUGAAAACCUUAUGAAACUAAAAAAUUAUAAAAGUUUGUUUUUAUUCAUUCCCACUUGUGUUAUUAGAACAUAUUAUUACUUUACCAUGUAAUACUUUUGACAUUUUUAUCGCCUGAAUUGUUAUACUGCAUUAUGAAUUCACCCUUUUAAUAAGUAAUGGCGAGUGAAUUGUUGCAGCCAUAUUUGAAGCCAGUGAAAGGAAAUUGAUCCCUGAUAUGAAGCAUGAUUUGGUCUGAACAACACCAAAUUGUAUGAGGUAAUUAAUUAUAUAUGAAAAGUAUAUUACAAAAAGAAAAUAUGUAAUGACUAUAACAAAUGUUGGAAAUAGCAUAUAUUUCAUGUUUUCCUGAAUGUGCUUCUGUUUUAGAAUAGUCUUCAGUAUUUGCCUUGAAGGUACAGUGAAUAAUAUGAUAUGUAAUACGAGGAUCUUUGUUAAUAUAUUUCUGAAUACCUAUGCCAUUGUUUUACAAAGUGUAGUAUGUGUACCACUGGUGGUACGCAAAGGGAUUUCUUGGGGUCUGUGGUGGAAAAGAAAUAAUUAAGAAUUGUUUCAGAGUUUUAUCUGCUGUCAGACAAGCUCUGGUAUAAAGAAAAUUGAACAAAUUUGUUAAUACUGAUAAAGCUCAUAAAUUUUUGUUCAUUUUUAACUUACCAUGUAGCCUAUUUUUUAGUUUGUACCUGAAGCUUAAUCUCAAUGUAAUUCAGCCACUUGCAAGUUAACUUAUUGUGAUAUAAUUGAGAGAGAGGAUGCAUUGAUAAGGCAGAGAUCUUGAAAGGGGCUUGCAAAUUUUUUUAAGUUUUGUAAAUACUGCUGUAUGCUGUACUGUUUAAUAUUAUGACAUGUAUCCCAACUUUAUUAAAUAUUUCCAUAUGUAAGAUUCAAUCCUACAUGAGAGAAAGUACUUAGAAAAGUGUGUAUAUAAAAUGUAAUUUCUUUAUUUUUAUAUGAUUGCUUGAUAGUUGUGAUUCUACAUGGGAAUUAAUUUGCAAGUUCUGUACAUUAUUUUCUUUUUAUUGUUGGUGAUCCCGCACAGAAAAUAGUGAAUUGUGGCAAUUGAUUUUGCUUUUAAAUUUACUUCAUGUUUGAUAAUGCGUAGAGGUGCAAUUAGCUGUAGUAGAUGCUGCUGCUACUGCUAUUAUAAUGCAUGGAAAUUUCAAAGGAUUGAACUAAUUUUUUUGGGAUUAUGAAUUUACAUGUUACGAACUAUUAAAGUAUUAUAGUUCAUUCUGAAAUAAGAAAAAGAAUGGGACUGAAACUUGAAAAUGUUUAAGAAAUAUUUUAUAUUGUGUAGAAAAGAAAUAGAGGAGUAACAUUCAAGUAAUAUGUGCAAGUUAAGAGUAAAUGUUAAUACCGAGUACCAGGGGAAGAGAGACAACAGAGUAUGUCAGGAAUGGUAGACUAAACUGUGGUGUAUUGCACUUAAUAGGUUCAUUAAAUGAUCUAGUUAGAGUAUCAAGUGGCAAGGGUGGAUUUCUGUGAAUCAGAAGACAGAUAUUAGAAUCUGAUAAAGUAUUAUGUGUACUGUUCAGGUAUCCUUGGGAAUGUAAAUGAAUGGCUUAUCCUUUUAUUUACUUUGUGUGUGUGUGUGUGUGCAUGUAUGCAUGCAUGUGUAUAUAUAUUACUGAUUGUAACAACAACAUUGUAGAUUAUUAUUGUUUACUGAAAAUGAAAUGUAAAAUAAUUACCCAUGUUCAACUGGGUAAAUUUUUUGUCUUGUUAAUAUUAUAAAACAUAUAUUACAAUUGAAGAUGACUGUCUUCUUUUAUGUUGUGUCAUGUACUCUUGUAGAAAUUUACUGAUGUUUGAGAGGUGCUUUCUGCCUUUGUCAUCAAGACAACAACACAACAUCCCAGAAGACAAUCAUCAUUAAUCAUCUUUGUUGACACACUGAAGCCACUAAAGCAGUGUGCUGAAGUUGCAACACUUUAUAUUUUCCCAAGUGUACAGUUAUUACUAUUUAUUACACUACCUUUCUUUUCUUAAUUGAAUUGGAAAUAGUAUUUUAGGUGAAGUGAAAACCCUUUUGAGCACAUAUUAAAAUUGCUUCAUUUAUCUGUCCAUUCACAUGAAACAACUUGAGAAUGAAUAAACUGAUUUUGAAGAAGUUUGAUAUUAGCAAGUUGACCAAAAAUUGUCAAGUCUCUUCAGUUUUAAUUUAUAGCAGACAGUUUCAAUAACCAUUUUAUGUCAGGUCAUAAAUAUAUCAUCUUAUCACUAUAGGUCAUUAUACAUAAGUGCUUCACUUAUUUUAAUAGAAGAUUGCAACAGAAAAUAAGAGAGUCAUUGUAUUUCUUCUGGUUAACAUACCUCAUAAUAUAUAUACUGUGUACAUGUACAAUCUUUCUCCUAAGGCUGAUUUCUCCAGUUUUGGAAAUACAGAGGAGAUAAUUUUUAUUCAUGUAUUUGUAGUUUAUUUAACGGUGCUCUCAAUAACGUAGGCUAUAUAGUGUCAGAUGAUAGGGAGGUUAAUGAUUUGGAAAACAUAUGGAAGGAAGUGGUUUAAUGUAAGGUACUUUACCAUCAUUUUCUUGGAGGGACUGAGGAAAACAGUGAACCUCAGUUACAAUAGCUGGUCUACGGUCCAAGAUUUGAAUGUGAGACCUCCCGAAUAUGAAGCAUUUUAAUCACUCUUCAAUGAUGUUUGAUAUAAUAAUGUAACUGUUCUUUUCAUAAUUUCCAACAGUGAUGUCUUCUCAGUCAGUAGCCAUGUCAGUGUCAAAAUGUUUUCCAUAAUUGUAUGUCAAGCUCCUGAAAUUACUACACUGUUAAAAUCUUAUAAGUUUCACCACUCCUUUGAAAACAGAAUGAAAAGGCACUGGAUAUAUAGGAUUUAAAUCACACGUAUUUUGAGUGUGGUAUAUUGAUUGCCAAGUAAAUAAUUAACUCAAUGAAUAUAUCAGAAUUUUGAUUAGUAGCACUAAACUUGAAUGUUAUAUGCAUUUUGUUUUCAUUAUUUCUGUGCAGGCUGUGAACAUUUGAUAGCAUACUGCAUUCAGUGAGAAUGCAAUUGCAAUAAAUAAAACAAGAUGAGCGUUUAUAAUAAUGAACCUGCCAGUAACAAGAUAUUCAUCCACUAACAGGUCACUGAACAGCAUUUUUCAUACCAUCAUACUUUACAUGUUGUUGUUUUUGUUUUUUUAAAUUUCUUGCUGCUGGUUGCUGCAUUUGUAGAAAGGAUAUAUUGCACCUUACUGUAUACAUUUUGUUUUUGUUCAAAGAUAUAAUGGGGUUUAGUGUUAUGAAGUAAAGGAAUUUGAAUGUACUUUGAAUUUAUUUUGUGGGUGUUUUGCUUGCAUAUGUUCAGUGUUUGCAUGAAAGUGCCUAACUCAGAUGCAGAAUACCUGUAAAAUAUCGUAUGACAUACUGGUAUUAUCCUGAUGCUUGAUUUUCAUUCUGUAAGAUAUUUAACAGGUGUCAGCUAGCUUUUUUUUUUUGCCAUUUUUCUACAAAUUUGGAUUUGUUGGUACCGGUGAUUUUAGAAGUGUAGAACUGUGGUACUGAUUCUCCUUUUUUUUCAUACUUGUAUAUUUUUAGCAGAAUGCCUAUCUUAAUUUCAGCUCUGAGUCAGUUUGCUAUGGAGCACCAGCAGUACUGAUUUUGUGAUCUGGUCUUCUGUGGUAGGUUAUAAGGGAUUAGAAUAAUGGAGUUACUUUACCAGUGCUGCAGUGCUCUUAUUAUGGAAAACUGAUUCUUCAUAUCUCUUGCACCUCUUCAGUUAUGAAUUAUGUAAUUGAGAAUGCUCAGGGAUGAUUGUAUGAGUGUUUGGACCAAGAACUUGACAAGCUGUCUUCUUGCUUACAAACAUGAAGCAAAUGCAUUAACAGUCUACCAUUGUCAUCUGUACUGAGGAUUUGAAUAAGAAAGUUCAUUCUUGAUGAA